UGCUUUUUCGCCCCCCGCCCAGGGGCUGGAUCGGGGCUCGGCUGGCUGGCUGGUUUGCUGCCGCUGUCAGAUUUACGUUUUGCCGGUGGGCUUGGUGGGACCGGGGUGGGUUCGUCCUAGUACUGGGUUCACUCCAGCACUCGCCUCUGCCAAUCAGUGUGAAUUCCUCGGUCUCCUAGCAACGAAGGGCUGGGCCGCGGCCGGAGGGAGCAGCGGCGCCGGCCAAUUCGCUCCGUGGCGAGCCCGGACGGCGGACUUGACCCCAAAACGAACAGAAACCUGGAGCAUUGAAGAAUCGGGAGGAAAUGGCGGACGAGGCGCUGUUUUUGCUUCUCCAUAACGAGAUGGUGUCUGGUGUAUACAAGUCCGCGGAACAGGGGGAGGUGAGAGUCUUCUACCAGGAACAUGGAAGAUGAAUCAAAGGUGGGAAGAACUAGAAACAAGGAGACCAGUUUGAAGACUGUAGCAGUAAUCCAAGACAAAAAUGACAAGGGCUAACUUGAGCAGUGGGAAUGGAGAGAAGAAGAUGGAUUUUGAAAAAUAUGUAGAAGAUAGAUUCUACAAAACUGCCGUGUUUUGCGGGGAAAAUGGACGAUGUAUUACUAAGCUGGAAAACAUGGGGUUUCGAGUGGGACAAGGAUUGAUAGAAAGAUUCACAAAAGAUACUGCAAGAUUCAAGGAUGAGUUGGAUAUCAUGAAGUUCAUUUGUAAAGAUUUUUGGACUACAGUAUUCAAGAAACAAAUUGACAAUCUAAGGACAAAUCACCAGGGCAUCUAUGUGCUUCAGGACAACAAAUUUCGUCUGCUUACUCAGAUGUCUGCAGGAAAACAAUAUUUAGAACAUGCAUCUAAGUAUUUAGCAUUUACAUGUGGCUUAAUCAGAGGUGGCUUAUCAAACUUGGGGAUAAAAAGUAUUGUAACAGCUGAAGUGUCUUCAAUGCCUGCCUGCAAAUUUCAGGUGAUGAUACAGAAGCUGUAGAACAUUGAAAUUCAAGACUUCAAAAGUGAACUCUGCAAAAGGGGGUGAUUGAAACACCAAACAAGAUGUUUUCACUGGGUCCUCUGCCAUUAAGAUGACAUAUUAAGAAGAGCAACUCCUUGUAAUAAAAAUGAGCCAGAAAUAUAUUAAAAACAUGAAAUAAAACCUAUAGAAAUUUGCAUUAGUUACAUAAAAGAAAACUCAAGUGUAGAGGCAUACCAUUUUCCAUUCAUAGAAAUGUUCAGUGUUAUAAAGAUGUCAGUUUUAUUCAGAUUGUUUUAUUAAAUUGAAGUAAUCCUAAUUCUCAAAUAAUGUAGAAGAAAAUAAUUUCUUUUUCAGAUUUUUGAAAAAGAAAUUCAGGAAAAGCCCCUACAAAUAUAAAUAUAAAGCUCAGUGAUUAAAAGGGGUCAUAAUGACCCUGGAAUUGCUAAUGAUAUGUGAGUCAAUGAAAAUGGAACAAAAUAAAGAACUUCAAAAUGAACAAAACAAGUAUAGCAUAUAGGAAUUUUGUGUAUGAGAAAGGUGGUAUUUCAAAGCACUGGGUUUGUUAGACACUCUUAGUUGCCUAGCCUUCAGCCAUUUCCUCCUACCUUCCCUGCUGACAGAGCUCUACUUUUGUUUUGGUGUUAACCCUCUAUGGCCUUCUCCUGUAGACGGUGCUUCCCUAGUUCCAGAGAUGGUGACUUGAUUAGACUCAAAGUCAAUCAUGAUAAUUAGUUUAUCCAUGACUAUUCAAUGAAAGCCUGGCUAAUGAGACAAAUGGAAAGUCAGAAGUGCUUUCAGGAAAUUUUUUCUUGCCUUUAAAAAAAUGGUUACGAGAUAGGGUUUUGCCCCCUUUCUGCUUCUCAGUGAAGACGUGUGAUGAUGGAUGUUUGGAGCAGCAGCCAUUUAAUAACCACAAAAGGACAAGCAUGAGGAUGCAAACCAUUACGUGAAGGAUAGCAGGAUGCAUGUAGAAAGUACCUGAAUUGUGCUGCUGAAUGAAGCAAGCCUGGAACUGCUAACCUUUGGACUUUUUGUUAUAUUAGAUAGUAAAUCCCUCAUAUUGUUUAAUCCCCCUUUUUUAAGUGCAAUUUUACUGAGAUGUAUUCACAUACUAUAAAAUCAUCCAAAGUGUACAAUGAGUUCACAGUAUCAUCAAAAAGUUGUGCCUUCAUCACAAUUUUUUGAACAUUUUCAUUAC